GCAGAACAACGCGGAACUCCCCGGGAAUAGUUCUGAAAGGGUUUUGUAAAAUAACGUGUUAGUUUGUAGAGUUAAAUAUUGUCGUCUGAAAGCAGAUUACCUUGUUUACGUGUUUAUUCAUUAAACCUCUCAGCUAACGUCGGAACCGUCAGCUCCUCCUGUAUAAUCAUGUUUAUUAGCCUCAGGCUGGCAGCUCUGUGUUUCUGGGUCCUGCUGCUGGAUUUAUGUGGAAUAAUAAAAACACUCGGACAAUCAAACGGGUCGGGUGUCGUCAGAGUGGUUGUGAAAGAAGGGAGUGACGCCAUUUUACCCUGUUCCCUCAGCACCAAGGAGAACGCUGAGUCAAAGCUCUUUGACUGGAAGAAAGAUGGUCCGAAGGAGGUUUUCUUUUAUGAUGCAGGCCUUCAUUCUAAUAACGGCCGUCCAGGUCAAGAUCAGCAGUUCAAAGGUCGCGUCUCACAUUUUCAAGAUGAUCUGAAGUACGGCAACGCCUCCAUCAUCAUCAGAAAUACGAAGUUGACCGACAGUGGAGACUACAGCUGUGAUUUUCCACGUCUUCAGCCAAGACAGAUAUUCCACAUUCAGCUUGUUGUUGUCGGAGCAUCUCCAAAGCCGUAUGUUACAAUACUUGAUGAAAUGAAGGACUGGGCCCUGCUGCAGUGUGAAGUUAGAGGUGCUUCUUCAAAACCUACAGUAGAGUGGCAGGACAGUGCUGGAAACAAACUUCCUGCUGAGGAGCCACAGGUCUCAGAAAGAGGAGGCAGCUUCUACAUCACUGUCAACACUACUGUGAAGAAGACCGACCACUAUCGCUGUGUAGCCACACAGGAGGAGAUCAAACAUCAGAUUCAUACUGAGACCUUUGUCUAUAUCGGCGAGAAACUGUUCAGCAGUGGGGACGUCACAGGAUGGUUUUUUGGUGGAAUCAUUUUGGGAGCUGUAAUUCUUGCUGCAGUUCUAGUUUUGCUUGUAGCUGCAAAGUUCAUCACAGUACGCCGUAAUAAAGGAGCAGCUAAAGAGAGACAUGAAAACGGGGAGGGAGAGAUUAUGACAUAGAGAACAGGGUCUGUACCAGCAGGUGAGCGGCCGUUAUGUUUAUAUUUACAUUUAUAAAAACCAAAUUCC